CGGUUUGGCGGCAGCCAUCAGGUAAGCCAAGAUGGGCGCGUACAAGUAUAUCCAGGAGCUAUGGAGGAAGAAGCAGUCGGAUGUGAUGCGCUUUCUUCUGCGGGUCCGCUGCUGGCAGUACCGCCAGCUCUCGGCGCUCCACAGGGCUCCCCGCCCCACUCGGCCGGAUAAAGCGCGCAGACUGGGAUACAAGGCCAAGCAAGGUUAUGUCAUAUACAGGAUUCGUGUGCGCCGUGGUGGCCGCAAACGCCCAGUUCCUAAGGGUGCCACCUAUGGCAAGCCUGUCCAUCAUGGUGUUAACCAGCUAAAGUUUGUGCGAAGCCUUCAGUCUGUUGCUGAGGAGCGAGCUGGACGCCACUGUGGGGCUCUGAGAGUCCUGAAUUCUUAUUGGGUUGGUGAAGAUUCCACAUACAAAUUCUUUGAGGUUAUCCUCAUUGAUCCAUUCCAUAAAGCUAUCAGAAGAAAUCCUGACACCCAGUGGAUCACUAAACCAGUCCACAAGCACAGGGAGAUGCGCGGCCUAACAUCUGCAGGCCGGAAGAGUCGUGGCCUUGGAAAGGGCCACAAGUUCCACCACACUAUUGGUGGUUCUCGCCAUGCAGCUUGGAGAAGGCGCAAUACUCUCCAGCUCCACCGUUAUCGCUAAUAUGAUGUUUGUAAAGUUCAUACCUAAUAAACAAUUUAGGACAGUCAUUCUGCUUAAAGGUGUUAUUUGUCUGUUAAAACUAGUCUGCAGAUUAUUUCAUGAAUGCUUUGUCAAAUUAUGGAAGUUAAAGUGCAAUAAUGUUUGAAGACAAUAAGUGAUGGUGUAUCUUGUUUCUAAUAAGAUAAACUUUCUGUCUUGCUUUAUCUUAUUAGGGAGUUAUAUGUCAGUGUUUAAAAUAUGCUAUGUGGUAUAAUAGGUGUCAAAUUCUUUAAAAAGAGGGGUGCUGGAACUAGCCCUAUAGAUUUGUUUUGGUGCAUGUGACAAAACCUACAACUUAAUUGGGAUGAUGUAAUGCUCCAGUAGUGGUUGGGCUUUUGGGAGUGUGGCAGUUCAAACUUUAGAUUUUGAUUAAGAUGAGAGGAGGAUAUCCUAAUCCUAUAACAUGGAUAUAUGCAUUCAAUUUUAAAGCCCACAUUUUCAAAUUUAACUCAGUGUUUCAUUUGUGUAAUUGCUGCUUCUGAAAGGGGAAAAGCUUCCCAAAUGCAGUCAAACUUUCAGAGGAAUAAAUCUGUUGUGAGAAAAUUAAAAGAAUCUUAGAAAUUAAAAAAAAUCUAGGCUAAACAAAAUUACAAAAGUCUUCACCAUGUCCUAUAAGUUCACAUAAAGAGUAAAAGCUGGUUUAAUAACGUGGCUUGUUGGAUCCAGCAUAUUGAACUUAUUGCAACAGUUUUCUGUGACAUUUACAUCAGUGUAUUUUUGAAACAGGUUCGAGUAUUCAUUGUUUAACUUAAGAUUUGUAGGCUAGGGUAGCUGGUGAAUCAGUGGCUUUUGCUAAGUAUUUGCAAGAUUAGAAAAAAGUCCCGAUUAAGAUUUUUAAAGUACAUAAUGCCAGUUUGAAACCAUAUUGAAUCCUCAAGCCACAUGUGCAAAUGUAUGUCUGGCUAUUUAAAAGCACUUAUUUGCUCAGUCAGGUCACCAGGAACUCACACAAGGGUACUUAAAACGUUGUUACCUGUGUAAUUUUAUGUUGUGUGGCUAUUUUUCUCAUUCCUGGUGAAGCAAUCCUCCAAAUCUUUGAGUUGGUCCAUCAAUUAAGUAUAUUACCACGUUGUUUCAUUUCUGUUAAUCUUUUCCUGUAGAUUAGGCUGCUCUUUCCUAGGGUGAAGUUGAAUGUGGCGGAGGAAUUGCCCCUUAGUCUAAUUCUGGGUUUGCUGACAUUAUAGGUGUUUCAGUUUUAAAAUCUAAUUGAUGCCCUUCUUGAACUGAUUUUUCUUCAGCAAUUUCAAGUCAGUUGAUUUCCAGGAAAUAAUCUGAAGCAGGCUCAUAAAGCCUUGAGAAUCAAAUUCCUUUCUACCCAACAAAACAAAAGCCCAUACAUUUUGAUUGUGUGUAGAAGUUGUUCAACUAAAGGAAUAAAUGACUAUUAAACAA